AGUAGUCAUAUUCAACUCGAAUAAGACAAUUAUGCAAAUAAGGCACAAUCAGGAAAAUUGUCUUCCAUAAAUAGUCGAUGAAGAAUAUUUUGUAGAUGACGAUCCUGCAUUACGUCAUCACCGAAAUGAAAUGGUGUACUUGUCGGGCGUUGUAAAAUAAAUAGUCCUUUCAAAUACCGGCUUAUAUGCAAAAUUAACACAAGUGCAAUUCUUAACGGUGAUUAGUUUAAGUGUAACAGUUUCUAUAGUGAUAGUCUGCAAAAAUGUCAGACAGAAGGGCAGAACUUGAAAGGAAGAAGGCUAAGCUCCAAGCACUUAGGGAAGAAAAAGACAGGCGGAGAAGGGAAAAAGAACUCAAAGAUGUGGAGGAAGCAGCUAACAGGACAAUUUUGGGAGGAGGUGGUGACAGGAAGGAACUGGAUGAGAUGCUUAGUUCUCUUGGUGUUGCUCCUGUGUCAGAUGUACUAUCCAGUAUAUCUAGUGCUAAUUCCUUAACUCCGGAACAUAGUAUAAACCACACUCCUGAUACAUCACUGCAGCCAAACAGCUUACCCAACAAUGUAAUUGCAGUGAAAAAGAGGGUUCCAACAUUAUCUCUCACCGUGAAGACUACGAAUAUACCCCCGAAAGAAAUUGUUACUUAUACGAAACAGACCCAAACCAAUGCAUCGGGUCACGAAAGAGACGGAUCUUCUUCAUCUUCUUCCCCACUUAAAGGCUACAUGGAGGACUGGUGGAGGCCUCGCAAAGCUCAUGCAACCGAUUAUUACGACGAGUACAAUCUAAAUCCGGGUUUAGAAUGGGAGGACGAGUUCACAGUUUUGACGUAUGACGAUGGGCAAGGCGAGGACGAGGAGGGCAGUCUGCCUCACAUGGGCUACGGCGGCGGUGGUAGCAAGCUGCCGCCAGGCAUCCUGCCCCACGGACUACCCCAGGUCAAGGAAGUGCAGCCGGCUGUUACCUCUGUCGAGGAGGAACAAAAGAAACAGGAGGUCAAAGAAAUCAAAGAAUUGAGCGAGGAGCAAAAGCAGAUGAUUAUCCUGUCGGAGGACUUCCAGCAUUUCAUGGACCGAGCGGGAAGACUUAUGGAACGUGCCAUUUGCGAGGCUGUUGAUAUUUACACCGACUACAGCGGUGGACCUGGAGAAGAUGGAUUAGACGAAAAGUCGCAUCAACGACUGUCGUUCAAUCGUGCAUUCUUCGACGAGCGAUGGUCCAAGAACCGCGUUGUUACGUCCCUGGAUUGGUCUCCACAAUUUCCGGAGCUAUUGCUCGCCUCCUACAACAACAACGAAGAAGCGCCCAACGAUCCAGAUGGCGUCGUCUUGGUGUGGAACACUAAGUUUAAGAAGACGACGCCCGAGUACAUAUUCCAUUGUCAGAGCGCUGUGUUGUCCACCACAUUCGCCCGUUUCCAUCCCAACUUGAUUUUGGGAGGAACAUAUUCCGGACAGAUUGUGCUGUGGGACAAUCGAGUGCAGAAACGCACCCCUAUCCAAAGAACACCACUUUCCGCAUCUGCACACACGCAUCCAGUGUACUGUAUGAGUGUCGUGGGCACUCAAAAUGCGCACAAUUUGAUCAGUGUGUCGACGGAUGGUCGCCUGUGCUCUUGGUCGUUGGAUAUGUUGGGACAGCCCCAGGAGAUUUUAGACUUACACCGCGUUCAGUCGAAACCUGUGGCCGUGACCUGUCUGGAUUUCCCACACUCGGACAUCAACAACUUCGUGGUCGGCAGUGAGGAGGGUUCCGCCUACUCAGCCUGUCGCCACGGCGCCAAGGCGGGCAUUCAGGAGACUUACGAUGGACACCAGGGUCCCGUGAUGGGUGUCAGUGUCAACAGCGUACAGGGUGGCAUCGAUUUUUCGCACAUGUUCCUCACCUCGUCCAUCGAUUGGACCAUCAAGUUGUGGAGUUUGAAGGAUUCAAAGCCCAUCUAUUCGUUCGAGGAUAACGGCGAUUACGUACUCGAUGUGAAAUGGUCGCCCAAUCAUCCAGCUCUAUUCGCCGCUGUAGACGGCAGCGGUCGUUUAGAUCUGUGGAAUCUAAAUCAAGACACGGAGGUGCCGGCCGCCAGCGUGACCGUGGAGGGGGCGCCGGCCCUCAACAAGGUUUCGUGGACGCCGUCCGGUCUUCAUGUCACCGUCGGGGAUAACCAGGGCAAGAUUUGGGUCUACGAUGUUGCCGAAAACUUCGCAAACCCUAGGCACGACGAGUGGAAUAAAUUCCUGUAUACCACCCAAGAGUUGCGAAAUAAUCAGGUGGACGAUGAAUUAGAAAAAUUAAAUUAUUCUGUUUCUAGUACGUCCUUGUCGAACAUAACAUCUACUCCACUCCGAUAAUCUAUUUUACUAGAAAUAUAAUUAGUAACAAGAUAAAUAUUAUUUAUUAAAGCAUACUUAGGCGUGUUGAGUUGGCAUGCCGGUGGGAAAGAGUCUAAAUUAUUUGGGGCAUCUAAAAUAUAAUCUAUCCGCAGCUCUAUGUCUAACUAACUAACUCAUUAUUAAUAUGUAUAUUGAGUAAAUAAAAUGUGGACUGUGAAUAUCGAUAUGUGGGAACAGAGAUUAUUUUUUGUCAGUUUACUUAUAUAAAUCGCUUUUAAAAAAGUAUAUAAACGUACCAUUUAUAUAGCGUUUAGUGUCCCUGGUAUCGUUCUACCAUGUUUAAUGAUGAAAAAAAUACUUAAUUCCCUUUAUGAUUUUAGUUAAAUUGUGCGUGUAUAUAGCUAAUUUAUUAUUUUUUUUGUAUAACAAGUAGAACUUAUUUUAUAUUGUUGUAUUAUAAUGUGCCGUUGUGUACAUAUUACUUUGAUUUAAAAUCGCAUUUAUUAAAAUUUUUCCUUAUU